AUGGAGACUACAGACAGAACUGCGCUUUAUCUGUUCACGCUCCUCUCCCUCCUCCACAUCCGGUUCUUUAUAACAACGCUGAGUCCUGUAGCUGCUUUUGGAAUCUUCAGACUCAGGAAAUGCAAAGUAGUUCUUGUUCAGAAGACAUUCAGGAAUGCAGGAAUCUUUCUGAUUUGUAUCUACAGCCUAGAGAAUGCAAGAUACGUGAACUUAUUUCAAUAUGGUUUCUUCCUUCUUACAGGUGAGCUGAGACAACAUUUCGCUCAGUUUGGCCAUAUAAAAAAGUGUACUGUACCUUUUGACAGAGAGACUGGCUUUCACAAAGGCAUAGGUUGGGUUCAGUUUUCUUCACAGGAAGAACUUCAGAAUGCACUACAACAGGAAAGUCAUAUUAUUGAUGGAGUAAAGAUCUAUGUUCAAGCUCAGAAACCAAAGGGUUUGCAAGGGGCUCAAACAUCUGAUGAAGAAAAAGAUUUCUGAGAUGAUUAGUGUACUACCCAUUAAAUAAACAUACCUGAGACUUUUUCGAAAUGUUUUUAUUUGAAACAAGAGCUGCACUAAGCAAGACCUUAUUUUCCCCACUGCAAGGUAAGACAGCACAACAGGGCAAAUGCAUUUGGUAGCACAGUUCCAGUAUGUGGACAUCAUUAUCCUACUCACUGUUUGGGAUAAUUUUAUUCAUAAAGUUCUUACACAAAAUAUUACCCCUGGACCAGUAAGUGUCACAUACAAGGAAAUGGUCUUAAUUCUGUGUGGAGCAGUAUUUUCUAUAAGUGCUGCAAGAUGGGAGAAGCACAAACAGAGCCCAUUCUUUAAAAAAA